CAGUGCUCGUGCUCUGUGCGACUGAAUGGGGCGGCAGCGCGGCGCAGGAGCUACAAAUCUUACAUUGACUUUCGGGUAUUGGGGCAGUGCGAGUGGAAAUUCCCUUCCUUUACACUGUUCUUGGCAUUGUUUCUGGAUCCAGCGUAUGCUACAAAUGCCGCUUUUUUGCCCCUUCUCGGGCACUCCAAAAUGCCGGCGCGGCCGCUGCUCUUGCUGCUGCUUCUCCCAUUUCUCAGCGCUUCUGGAAGGCAAAUCAUCAAUGCGUCGGAUCAUCACGGUGGAGAAGCGUUUGGAAAAAUCCGUGCGGUCAAUCUCGGAGGAUGGCUAGUGAUCGAGAAAUGGAUCAAACCGUCUCUCUUUGAUGGCAUUCCAAACAAAGACCUCUUGGAUGGAACACAAAUCCAGCUGAGAUCCCUCAAACUUGGAUUGUUCGUGUCUGCCGAUGGCGGAGGUGGACAGAAGAUUUCUGUCAACAGACCAUCAGCUUCAGAGUGGGAAACUUUCAAGCUGUGGAGAGUUACUAGCACUAGAUUCCAGCUACGUGUCUCCAACAAUGACUUUGUUUCGGCUUCAGAUGAAGGCGCUGUGGAGGCCUCCAAAUCUUCACCAGAUAUGUGGGAAACUUUCGAGAUUAUUCGUGACUCGAGCUCGAGUAAGAGAGUUCACCUCAGAGCUCACAGCGGCAUGUAUUUACAGGCAAAGGAUCCAAGCCAACUUACAGCAGAUUACAAAGGAACUCCAGGCUGGGAUAACAAUCCUGCCGUUUUCGAAAUGUUUGUCAACACCGUUCUUGGAGGAGAGUUUCAGCUGGCAAAUGGUUAUGGCCUCGCUGCAGCACCGGCAAUCUUCGAGGAACAUAGAAACGGCUUUGUGACCGCGAAUGAUUUCAAGUUCCUUGCAUCCAACGGGAUCAACGCCGUGAGGAUCCCCGUUGGAUGGUGGAUAGCUUACGAUCCAAAACCACCUUUUCCUUUUGUUGGAGGCUCUCUGCAAGCUCUUGACAAUGCUUUUCAAUGGGCCGGGGUGAACAACAUGAAAGUUAUCAUUGAUCUCCAUGGAGCUCCUGGAUCACAAAGCCCGUGGGAGCACAGUGGAACACGCGAUGGAGUUUCCAUUUGGGGUCAGCCCGAGUACAUCUCUCAAACCAUCCAAGUGAUCGAUUUUCUUGCUUCCAGGUACUCGAAAAAUCCUGCCUUGCUUGGCAUCGAGCUCUUAAACGAGCCUAGAAGUGACGACGUUUCAUUCGAGACUCUCAAGCAGUACUACACUCAAGGCUAUCAGACAGUCCGGAAGCACACCUCAACCGCAUACGUGAUUAUGUGCCAGAGAAUUGGAGCUGAUCCAAACGAGCUCGCCAAUCUUUUGACAAAAGAGAAUGGCUACUCGAACGUUGCGCUUGACAUCCAUCUCUACAACCUCUUUUACAUCACAUUCUAUGGCAAAUCUGUCCAGUGGAACAUAGACUACGUUUACAAUGAAAGGAAGAAGCAGCUAGAUUCUCUUCGCGUCGCUGGGGGGCCGGUCAUCUUUGUUGGUGAAUGGACAAACGAGCUGAACGUAACUGGUGCCUCGAGCUCGGACUACACUGCCUAUGCCACUGCCCAGCUCGAAGUUUUUGGUGCUGGAGCGUCGCUCGGAUGGUCAUUCUGGUGCUUGAAAAACGAUAAUCUCCACUGGGACUUUGAGAGGUCUGUCAAGAUGGGGUACCUUCGCCGCAAAGGAUCACGAGGGGGCUGGCCAUGACAACGUCUAGCAAUAAGGAAGCUUGAGAUAUGAAAAGCUGAUACCUUGCUUUUGAAAGAAUACUAGAGGCACAAGUUGCCAAAAUGAAAACUC